AUGAUGACUGAGUACACAGUUACAGAUCUGACUCCUGGUGGGAUAUAUAACGUCACUGUACACAGAGUGAGAGGCAGUGUUGAAGGAUCUGGCACAUUUAUCAGAGUUGUGGCAGAACCGGAAAAACCCGAGAAACUUAAAGUCUUCAAUAUUUCUGCACAUUCCUUUUCUCUGCGCUGGAGCCUGCCCUCCGGCCAUGUGGAAAGGUUUCAUGUGGAUCUUGUUCCUGACAGUGGCUUUAUUACUAUCAGAGAUCUUGGAGGUGGAGAAUAUCAGGUUGAUGUUUUCAAUGCUCUUCCUGGUACUAGGUACGAAGUAACCAUCUCUUCCAUUUCUGCUACAACAUACAGCUCACCUGUUAGUAGAAUAGUGACAACGAACGUGACAAAACCAGGGCCUCCAGUCUUCCUAGCAGGGGAAAGAGUAGGAUCUGCUGGGAUCCUUCUCUCUUGGAAUACACCACCAAAUCCAAGUGGGAGAAUUUUAUCUUACGUUGUGAAAUACAAGGAAGUUUGUCCAUGGAUGCAAACAGUAUAUACACAAGUUAGAGCAAAGCCAGACAGUCUGGAAGUCCUUCUUACCAACCUCAAUCCUGGAACAACGUAUGAAAUCAAGGUUGCUGCUGAAAAUAGCGCUGGCGUUGGAGUGUUUAGUGACCCAUUUCUCUUCCAAACUGCAGAAAGUGCUCCAGGAAAAGUGGUGAAUCUCACGGUGGAGGCCUUUAACUAUUCAGCAGUAAACCUGAUUUGGUAUUUACCUCGGCAACCAAAUGGCAAAAUUACCAGCUUCAAGAUUAGUGUCAAACACGCCAGAAGUGGGAUAGUAGUGAAAGAUGUCUCCAUCAAAGUAGAGGACAUUUUGACUGGGAAAUUGCCAGAAUGUAAUGAGAAUAAUGAAUCUUUUUUAUGGAGUACAACCAGCCCUCCUCCAACUCUUGGUAGAGUUACACCUCCAUCCCGUACCACAUAUUCAUUGAGCACGUUGGCACGGAGUAAGAUUAGCUCUGUGUGGAAAGAGCCUAUCAGUUUUGUAGUGACACAUUUGAGACCUUACACGACGUACCUUUUUGAAGUUUCUGCUGUUACAACUGAAGCAGGUUACAUUGAUAGCACGAUUGUCAGAACGCCAGAAUCAGUGCCUGAAGGACCGCCACAAAACUGUAUAACAGGCAACAUUACAGGAAGAUCGUUUUCAAUUUCGUGGGACCCGCCAACUAUAGUAACAGGGAAAUUUAGUUACAGAGUUGAAUUAUAUGGACCAUCUGGUCGGAUUUUGGAUAAUAGCACAAAAGACCUUAAGUUUGCAUUCACUAACCUGACACCAUUUACCAUGUAUGAUGUGUACGUUGCGGCUGAAACCAGUGCAGGGACUGGACCCAAGUCAAACACUUCAAUAUUCACUCCUCCAGAAGUUCCAGGUGCAAUAUCUGAUCUACAAGCUGCAGAAGUAGAAGCCACACAAAUAAGAAUUACUUGGAAGAAACCACGACAACCAAAUGGAAUCAUUAACCAAUACCGAGUGAAAGUACUGGUUUCAGAGACAGGAGUACUUUUGGAAAAUACUUUGCUCACAGGAAAGGAUGAGUAUAUAAACGACCCCAUGGCUCCAGAAACUGUGAACACAGUAAAGUCCAUGGCAGGAUUAUUUGAGGGUUCAGCAGAGAUGUCUUCUGACCUGUACUCGCUUGCUUCAGUUAUUUAUAACAGUCAUCCACAUAACUUUCCCGCGAGGAAUAGAGCUGAAGACCAGCAUUCAACAGUUGGAACUACAAGGAAUCAGUAUAUCACCGACAUUGCUGCCGAACAGCUGUCUUACGUUAUCAGGAGACUUGUGCCUUUCACUGAGCACAUGAUUAGUGUAUCUGCUUUCACCAUCAUGGGGGAAGGACCACCAACGGUUCUCAAUGUUAGGACAAGUGAGCAAGUGCCAAGCUCCAUUAAAAUUAUAAACUAUAAAAAUAUUAGUUCUUCAUCUAUUUUGUUAUAUUGGGAUCCUCCAGAAUAUCCCAAUGGAAAAAUAACUCAUUAUACAAUUUAUGCAAUGGAACUGGACACAAACCGAGCCUUCCAGAUGACUACUAUAGAUAACAGCUUUCUCAUAACAGGGUUAAAGAAAUACACGAAAUAUAAAAUGAGAGUGGCUGCUUCAACUCGUGUUGGAGAAAGUUCUUUGUCUGAAGAAAAUGACAUCUUUGUGAGAACUCCAGAAGAUGAACCAGAGUCAUCACCUCAAAGUGUUGAAGUUACUGAUGUUACUGCAAGUGAAAUAAGUUUGAAGUGGUCACCACCUGAGAAACCCAAUGGGAUUAUUGUUGCAUACGAAGUGCUCUAUAAAAAUAUAGAUACCCUAUUUAUGAAGAACACCUCAACAACAAGCAUAAGUUUAAGGGACUUAAAACCUUACACCCUCUAUAACAUUUCUGUAAGAUCAUAUACCAGAUUUGGUCAUGGUAACCAGUUAUCAUCUUUACUCUCUGUAAGGACUUCUGAGACUGUGCCUGGUAGUGCCCCAGAAAAUAUUACUUACAAAAAUAUUUCCUCUGGAGAGAUUGAGCUGUCAUUCCUUCCCCCGAGUACUCCCAAUGGAAUCAUUCACAAAUAUACCAUUUAUCUCAAGAGAAGUGAUGGAAAGGAGGAAAGAACUCUAAAUACAACCUCUUUGACCCAGAGCAUUAAAGGACUGAAGAAAUAUACCCAAUAUAUGAUUGAAGUGUCUGCUAGUACCCUCAAAGGUGAAGGAGUUCGGAGUGCACCCAUACAUGUAUUGACUGAAGAAGAUGCUCCUGAUUCACCCCCUCAAGACUUCUCUGUAAAACAGUUGUCUGGUGUCAUGGUGAAGUUGUCAUGGCAACCACCCCUGGAGCCAAAUGGAAUUAUCCUCUAUUACACAGUUUAUGUCUGGGAUAGAUCAUCAUUAAAAACCGUUAAUGUAACUGAAACAUCAUUAGAGUAUUCAGAUUUGGACUAUAAUGUUGAAUAUAGCACUUAUGUAACAGCUAACACCAGAUUUGGUGCUGGGAAAACAAGAAGCAAUGUCGUUAACUUUCGAUCACCUGAGGGAGCUCCAAGUGACCCUCCCAAAGAUGUUCAUUAUGCAAAUCUCAGUUCUUCAUCAAUAAUUCUCUUUUGGACGCCUCCCUCAAAACCUAAUGGCAUUAUACAGUAUUAUUCUGUUUAUUACAGAAAUGCUUCAGGUACUUACAUGCAGAAUUUUACACUCCAUGAAGUAACCAAUGACUUUGACAAUAUGACUGUAUCUGCAAUAAUAGAUAAACUGGCAAUAUUCAGCUACUAUGCAUUUUGGGUAACAGCAAGCACUUCAGUUGGAAAUGGGAAUAAAAGCAGUGACACAGUUCAAGUAUACACAGAUCAAGACAUACCUGAAGGGCUUGUCGGAAACUUGACUUACGAGUCCAUUUCAUCAACUGCAAUAAACGUAAGCUGGGGCCCACCAGCUCAACCGAACGGUCUAGUCUUCUACUAUGUUUCUCUGAGCUUACAGCAGACUCCUCGCCAUGUGAGACCACCUCUAGUUACGUAUGAGAGAAGCAUGUAUUUUGAUAAUCUGGAAAAAUACACUGAUUAUAUAUUAAAAAUCACUCCAUCAACAGAAAAAGGAUUCUCUGAUACCUAUACUGCCCAGCUACACAUCAAAACUGAAGAGGAUGUCCCAGAAACUUCACCAAUAAUCAACAAUUUUAAAAACCUUUCCUCUACCUCAGUUCUCUUAUCAUGGGAUCCCCCACUAAAACCAAAUGGUGCAAUAAUAAGUUAUGAUUUAACUUUACAAGGACCAAAUGAGAAUUACUCUUUUGUUACUUCUGAUAACUCUAUAACAUUGGAAGAGCUUUCACCAUUUACAUUAUAUAGUUUUUUUGCUGCUGCAAGAACUAUAAAAGGACUCGGUCCUUCCAGUAUUCUUUUCUUUUACACAGAUGAGUCAGUGCCUUUAGCACCUCCUCAAAAUUUGACUUUAAUCAACUACACUUCAGACUUUGUGUGGCUGAAAUGGAGUCCAAGUCCUGUUCCAGGCGGUAUUGUUAAACUAUACAGUUUUAAAAUUCAUGAACAUGAAACUGACACUGUAUUUUAUAAGAACAUUUCAACUUUUCAAACUGAAGCCAAACUUGUUGGGCUCGAACCAGUCAGCACCUAUUCUGUCAGCAUAUGUGCCUUUACGAAAGUCGGGAAUGGCAAUCAGUUUAGUAACGUAGUAAAAUUCACAACCCAAGAAUCAGUUCCAGAUGUUGUACAGAAUAUACAGUGUAUGGCAACUAGCUGGCAGUCAGCUUUAGUGAAGUGGGAUCCACCCAAAAAGGCAAAUGGAGUAAUUACGCAUUAUAUGAUAACAGUUGAAGGGAAUUCUACAAAAGUCUCUCCCCAAGAUGACAUGUAUACUUUCAUGAAACUUCUUGCCAAUACCUCAUAUGUGUUUAAAGUAACAGCUUCAACCUCAGCUGGUGAAGGUGAUGAAUGUACAUGCAAUGUCAGCACACUCCCUGAAACAGUUCCCAGUGUUCCCACAAAUAUUACUUUUUCUAAUGUUCAGUCAACUAGUGCAACAUUGACAUGGAUGAGACCUGACACUAUCCUUGGCUACUUCCAAAAUUACAAGAUUACCACUCAACUUCGGGCUCAAACAUGCAGAGAAUGGGAAUCUCAAGAUUGUGUUGAAUAUCAAAAAAUUCAGUACCUCUAUGAAGCUGACCUAACUGAACAGACAGUAUAUGGAUUAAAGAAAUUUAGAUGGUAUAGAUUUCAAGUGGCUGCCAGCACCAAUGCCGGCUACGGCAAUGCUUCAAAUUGGAUAUCUACGCAAACCCUGCCUGGCCCUCCAGAUGGUCCUCCUGAAAAUGUGUAUGUAGUAGCAACAUCACCUUUCAGCAUCAACAUCAGCUGGAGUGAACCGGCUGUCAUUACUGGACCAACAUUCUAUCUGAUAGAUGUCAAAUCGGUUGAUACUGAUGAAUUUAAUAUUUCCUUAAUUAAAUCAAAUGAAGAAAAUAAAACCAUAGAAAUUAAAGAUUUGAAAAUAUUCACAAGGUAUUCCGUGGUGAUCACAGCAUUCACCGGAAACAUUACUGCUGCGUAUGUAGACGGAAAGUCGAGUUCUGAAGUGAUUGUUACUACUUUAGAAUCAGUCCCAAAGGAUCCACCUAACAACAUGACCUUUCAGAAGAUACCAGACGAAGUUACAAAAUUCCAGUUAACAUUCCUUCCUCCUUCUCAACCCAAUGGAAACAUCCAAGUAUAUCAAGCUUUGGUUUACAGAGAAGAUGACCCUACUGCCUUCCAGAUUCACAAUCUCAGCAUUAUCCAGAAAACUGACACAUCCGUCAUUGCAGUGUUAGAAGGACUAAAAGGUGGACAUACAUACAAUAUCAGUAUUUACGCGAUCAAUAGUGCUGGUGCAGGGCCAAAGGUUCAGAUGAGAAUAACCAUGGAUAUUAAAGCUCCAGCACGACCGAAAACCAAGCCCAUCCCUAUUUAUGAUGCCACAGGGAAACUGCUGGUGACUUCCACAACAAUCACAAUCAGAAUGCCAAUAUGUUACUACAACGAUGAUCAUGGACCAAUUAAAAAUGUACAAGUGCUUGUGGCAGAAGCAGGAGCUCAGCAUGAUGGAAAUGUAACAAAGUGGUAUGAUGCAUACUUUAAUAAACCAAGGCCAUAUUUUACAAAUGAAGGCUUUCCUAACCCCCCAUGUACAGAAGGAAAGACAAAGUUCAGUGGCAAUGAAGAAAUCUACAUCAUUGGUGCUGAUAAUGCAUGUAUGAUUCCUGGCAAUGAAGACAAAAUUUGCAAUGGGCCCCUGAAACCAAAAAAGCAAUAUUUAUUUAAAUUUAGAGCCACAAAUGUCAUGGGACAGUUUACAGACUCUGAUUACUCUGAUCCUGUUAAGACUUUAGGUGAAGGACUUUCAGAAAGAACUGUAGAGAUUAUUCUUUCAGUCACUUUGUGUAUCCUUUCAAUAAUUCUUCUUGGAACAGCUAUCUUUGCAUUUGCAAGAAUUCGACAGAAGCAGAAAGAAGGUGGUACAUACUCUCCUCGGGAUGCAGAAAUUAUUGACACCAAAUUCAAGCUGGAUCAGCUCAUCACAGUGGCAGACCUGGAACUGAAGGACGAGAGAUUAACGCGGCCGAUAAGCAAGAAAUCUUUCCUGCAACAUGUUGAAGAGCUUUGCACAAACAACAACCUAAAGUUUCAAGAAGAAUUUUCGGAAUUACCAAAAUUUCUUCAGGAUCUUUCUUCAACUGAUGCCGAUCUGCCUUGGAACAGAGCAAAAAACCGCUUUCCAAACAUAAAACCAUAUAAUAAUAACAGAGUGAAGCUGAUAGCUGAUGCUAGUAUUCCAGGAUCAGAUUAUAUUAAUGCCAGCUAUGUUUCUGGCUACUUAUGUCCAAAUGAAUUUAUUGCAACUCAAGGUCCACUACCAGGAACAGUUGGGGAUUUUUGGAGAAUGGUGUGGGAAACCAGGGCGAAAACAUUAGUAAUGCUAACACAGUGUUUUGAAAAAGGGCGGAUCAGAUGCCAUCAGUAUUGGCCAGAGGACAACAAACCAGUUACCGUCUUUGGAGAUAUAGUGAUUACAAAGCUAAUGGAGGAUGUUCAAAUAGAUUGGACCAUCAGAGAUCUGAAAAUUGAAAGGCAUGGGGAUUGCAUGACGGUCCGACAGUGUAACUUCACCGCUUGGCCUGAGCACGGGGUUCCUGAGAACAGUGCCCCUCUAGUCCACUUUGUGAAGCUGGUUCGGGCAAGCAGAGCACAUGACACCACACCUAUGGUUGUUCACUGCAGUGCUGGAGUUGGAAGAACUGGAGUUUUUAUUGCUCUGGACCACUUAACACAACAUAUAAACGAUCAUGAUUUUGUGGAUAUAUAUGGCCUAGUAGCUGAACUGAGAAGCGAAAGAAUGUGCAUGGUGCAAAACCUGGCACAGUAUAUUUUUUUACACCAGUGCAUUCUGGAUAUUUUAUCAAGUAAAGGAAAUAAUCAGCCCAUCUGUUUUGUUAACUAUUCAGCACUUCAGAAGAUGGACUCUUUGGAUGCCAUGGAAGGUGAUGUUGAGCUUGAAUGGGAGGAAACCACGAUGUAAAUAUUCAGACCAAAGAUUACAACUGGAAGAUAUUUUCAAAUCACAGGGGCCAAAAUUAUCCCCUCCUUCUUCUGAAUUGAAAUUGCAACCUUAAAGAAAUCUCUGUGCUCUCCUUACUGUGCCUUACUAAAUGGAUUGACAUUUUAUGAAUAGUUCUAGGAAAUAGCUAACUCAGGAUAGUUAUUUAUUUUAUACAGAAUAAAUAUUAUGCACUUAAAAUGUGUAAGAAAGACAUCCCAGAGAUUUUUUAAGUCUUUCAUACUUUUGGAGUGAGCCAAAUAUAAAAUUAUUAUUAUACUAGCAUUAAUGUUUCCAUGUGAAUUUUCCCUACGUAUUGAAUUUAAUCUCGAACAAAAGUUGUAAAUGUUGAUUCAGUAGUGUUAUUUUGGCCUCCAGGGUGUUGACGUUUCUUGUGGAUAACUUCCAGGACUGUCAUAAUGAUCUGUA